AUGGCCGAGCUGGCUGGGCAAGCGAGGUCUCACGCCAGCACCAGAGUGCUGCUGGCAGACUUCGGCAUCGCUGCGCAGGUGGAGAGCACGGAGGGCGUCCGCAGCUCAAUCGUCGGCACGCCAGCGUUCAUGAGCCCCGAGAUGCUCGAGGGCAGACCCUACGGCCUGAAGACAGACCAGUGGGCGCUCGGGUGCGUGCUCUUUGAGAUGAUGGCUCUG